UGGGGUACGGCCGUAUAUACGGCGUUCGUACCCCCGCGUUCCUCCCCCCUCUCCGCGCCAGAUCCAAUCGGAAUUUUUCAAAGCUCAUUGCCCCAGCGAUCCGUCGAAACCCUAGCCCACGCUUCCGCCAUGUCUGCCGCCGUCGCCGGCCCCGUCCUGCGCGAGGACGACCGGGGGAUCCCCCGAUCCCUCCCCCUCCUCGCGACGCUCGUGGAUGCGGAGGCCCGCCGCUACGCCGCCACCGCUGCAUCCCGACCCGCCGAGACCGGCCUCCUCCGCGCGUUCCGCGGCGGCGCCGCCCCCAAGGUCCCGAUCCGCGCCUUCCUGGAGCGGAUCCACCUGCUGACGCGGUCGAUGCCGUCCACCCGGAGCAUGGUUCGGAUCGACGGCACCUGCUUCGUGCUCGCCGGCAUCUACCUGACUCGCUUCGUCCGCAGCCCCGCCGGCAGGGAGGCGGGGAUCCUGGUGGAGCCGGCCACUGCGCACCGCCUGCUGGCCGCCGCUGUCUUCCUCGGCGCCAAGUUCGGCGGCCACCCUCCCAGGAGGUGGACCGCGGUGUUCGAGGCCAGCUCCGAAGGCGCAAUCCGCGCCGGCGAGAUGCCGGAUCUUGAGGGCUGCUUCCUGCGCGCCAUCGGGUUCCGCCUCUUCGUCGACAGCGAUGGGUUCGACGGGUUCUGCAAGGAUGCGAGUAGAAGAUGCCCAAGGUGGAGAAGGCGUCGUCCUGCGUCAGUCUCGGGAGCGUGCCUGCAGGGGAGUCAAACAAUUCUUAUAGUUUUAGUUUUAGCCAAGUUGUUUGAGGCACUGUUGGCUGCUUUUCAUUGUUCGGCUGUCUAUUUGUCUGCAGGUGUUCGAUGCUGCGAGUAGAAGAUGUCCGGGGUGGAGAAGGCGUCGUUCAGCGUCUGGUCAAGGUUCAGCUUCUCGUCGCCAAAGUUGCCGGAGUCUGGAGGGGGGGGGGGGGGAGUCAAGCAAAUCUUUUGUUUAGCCAAUGCUGUUUGAUCCACUAUUGGCUCAGUGAAAGACUUGGAGUCAAUAAAAAGGGCACAAUACUGUGUUUGUACGUUGAAGUUCUAGUGCUUAAGUCUGUUGGAGCUACUGCCAACUCUGUGUUAGUGCAGUACCCUAUUUACUUGUGAUUAGGAUGUGGUUCUUCAGUAAUGGAUUUCUAUCUGAUCCUUUUCUUCUGAGUAAGACUUUCAGAUCAUUAAAAGGGGGAAUAAAGUGUUGCUCUGUCUGUAUGGUCUCA